UCAUAGAGAUUUGUAAACAAUAGUGAAGAGAUGAAUAAAACUUUAACAUUUGUAACGUGCCGGAUUUGCUUGGAAGAGAAAAGUUUCAGCAGUUUUCUGCUUGAACCAUUGGGAACUGAGUAUGCGGAAAUGGUUGUAGGAACAAGCGGUACACAGGUAAAAUAUGCUCACAUUAAUAUACUCACAAAACAAAAAAGAAAAAAAAAAAACAAAAACAAUGCAAUUACAAGUGAAUAUGUUUAACUGGGAGUGGUCGAUUUCGCCCAAUUUUGUACAUAGAAGCGUACCCACCUGUUGAAUGCCACCUGCAAAAAUGCUAGUUAGAAGACAGCGCUAAAGCAAAGAGAAAUAAAAAUAGAAUAAACGAUUUUGUGAACCCAUAAACCCAUAUACGCGCUCUAUAUAAUGCACUUGCGCUGUGAUUUAAUUAAUCGGCGAUCCGUAUAUUUGUUGCGUUAGUGUAAAAAUUUUUUCUUUGAACAUAUUCGUUUAGAGAUAUCAUCUUCACCUAUAAAAUCUGCGUGCAUACCGUCAGUGUCGUCGUGCUCAUCAAAAAUGUUAACCUGCGGCGAUUGUGCAGUCGUAAAUAAAAAAUUCAUUAACUGUAAAACAUCAGUGGAUUAUAACCACAAACGAAAUACAGUUUUUAGCGAGCCAGAUUCCGGUUUUCAGGAUUUAUUUGAAAAUAUAGUAGAUGAAGGAGCAGAUAAAUGCGCCAUCGAACUUACAAGCGGUAAAAAAGGCAAAGGCCGUCCUCCUAAACGUUACGAUACUCAAUUUCAAUGCGAUAGAUGUUGUUUUGUUAGCGCUUAUGCAAAGAAUUUCCGUAAACACAUGUCACUUGCUCAUCAAGAUGAACAACCACGCAUCUUUAAAUGUCUGCACUGCCCAGAGGCGUAUGUAGAGGAGCGUUUUCUUCGCGAGCACGUCAAACAUAUUCAUGAUUGUAUACCACGCCGGCCAAAAUUCAUUUGUGCAGAGUGCGGUAAAGGUUUUCCCAAACAAUCACAUCUUAGACGUCAUUCAUAUGUGCAUAAUCCCAAUGAGAAACCUUUUCUGUGCGAAUACUGUCCGAUGCGUUUCGCAAGUCAGUCCAGCUUAACACGUCACAUUGAAGGUACACACAAUGAGAAUAAGCCGCAUGCAUGCGAAGAGUGUGGAAAAGCUUUUGGUCAUAUUUAUGGACUCAAGGCGCACAAAAUUCGAAUGCACUGGAAGGAAGUACGAUAAAUGUCAAAUAGUAAAUCCAUUUUUCGACAUCGUGCAAUCAAAUACUAAAGACAAAAGUUAAAUGCUCAAAGAUGACUUAAUAAUACAAAGUUCUGAAGUGGAAUAAUAUCAAAUGAAUAAAAGACUUAAGAUGCGAACGCGACUAAAUGCGCCUAUUUGGAAAUCCGAAACUGUGAAUUACGAAACAUCUUUACAUGACGUAACCAGAAAAGUAUACUUUUUGGUCAUAUAGAAAAAUAGAAAAACUACUGCCCAGAUGAGUAUUAUUUAUGCAUAUCUGUGUAUAUGCUUAAAUGUACAUAUAUACAUACGAUAUUUUAAAUCGCCUCAGACUUCUUAUCUGCCAAGUAUUGAAUUGUCUGAGCUGAUGAGCUCUUAGUUUUCCAUAUCUGUAGCUUAAGGGGGAAGUCUACUGUGACAAGGAAAAAAACAGGCUUAUUUUCCGGAUUUUAUUUCUAACAAAAUAUUGCUCGUACAUAAAAUCUAUUUAAACUCUUAUCUUUAUUAUAUAUUUAAGUUUUUGAAAAAAAAAAUUUAAGUCAAAAUAUUCAAAAUGGCCGCUGUGGCACUUCUGCAAGCGCAGGUCCGCUUUUCUUAGGUGCCUAAACGGUGUACAUGAAAUCUUACGUUUCGGUGAUCUAAAACAAAAAAACAAAAUAUUGUUAUCAUAUACAUAGUAUUGACUCUCGUCUGACGUAGGAUUAUGUCGAUAAAAAAUUUUGGCGUUGAA